GGCCGCCGCUGCUUGCCAGCCCAGCGCCGCGCCGGAGAGCGCAGCGGCGGGAAAGGGCUGCGUACCCGCGGCCCCGCGUCGCGCCCUCGACGACGCGGGCCCGGCCUCGACGCCCUCCGCCCGCUCCCGGAGCAGUAAGAAGACAUGCUGGAUAACCAAGAGCUGUAGACUGUGCAGAUAUCUGUGGCCUUGUUAAGCAGGUUGAUAGCAUCAAUUUUAGACACAUGUUUAAAUAGGCACAAGUGGCUGGUGGCUGCCAUAUUGACUGCAGUUCUGGAAGUUGGAGAGAGCUAUGACAUAAUAAAUUAAAUUAAAAGGUCCUAUUACUGCUGGACUGUGCAAGAUAAUUAACCCUGUUUUAUUUGAGGUAUGACUUAAAUAUCAAACAUCUUAAGUAAGAAAGGGGAAACAUUUUAGUUUUGGAAGUCAGAAUGCCAAGGAGAAGGAAAAGCCUUGGGGGAAAUCCUUUUCAGAAGACUGCAAACUCUAAGGAAGUUGUUGUAUCCAGUGUUGCUAGUCAUGAGGAGCCACCCACUACUCUUCUUUCCAUGUGUGAGACAAAAGUUGAUCAGGAAGAACUCUUCACCAGUAUGUCAGAGAUGUUUUCUGCUCUGGAUCCCGAUGUAGUGUAUUUGAUGCUUUCUGAAUGUGAUUUCAAAGUUGAAAAUGCCAUGGAUUGUUUAUUAGAAUUAUCUGCGACUGAUGCCACGAUAGAAGAAUCAUCUUCAAAAAGCUUCAUUGCUUCUGAGAACCGAGUAAGUGCUGUAGGACGUGAAAUAAUGGAAAAGUGUCCUGAAGAAGAGAAUGAAGAUUCAAAAAUGGAUUCAUUUUUGGAUAUGCAGCUAACUGAAGACUUGGAUUCCUUAAUACAGAAUGCUUUUGAGAAACUGAACUCUUCUCCUAAUGACCAAGUAUACCCAUUUUUGCCUUUGCAAGAUGUUAACAGUUUUAGUGACCCAAGUGCAUUUAUAAAUUCAGAUUCAAGUAUUACGACUCCCAUUCUUUCUACACAAAACAUAGAUCUGAGCAGUGAAAAUUCAGAGAAUUCAGCCUCUCUGUUAAGUUCAGACCCCUUAAUGUCACAGUCAGUUUUGAAUGAGUCCAAAAGUUUUAUAAAGGAUAACACAUUGGCACUGGAAGAUUGCCUUCUCAGCAGUUCUUUAAAUGUAGCAAAUGACAGUAUAGUGGGUUGUAGCAGUCUCAAUCAAAGAGAGAAAGAGCUUUUAGAAUCUGAGUGUGUUGAGACUCAGGUCUCUCAAGCCCAUGUAAAUUUGGAUGCCAGUGAACCUCAGGCUCCUUUAAACCUUAUUGUGCAAAAUCCGGGGCAUGGUUUGCUAGAUAUAGGGGGGGAUCAGCAAUCUCCUUCUGUCCCUGAUGUGUUUGUGCCUUCUGAAGAAUUCAGUUUCAAGCCACACAAACAUAAUGAACUGCUACCAAAGGGGAAGGAUGUGAAUUACUGCCCAGUACUUACCCCUCUCCCUCUCCUGCUGCCUCCUCCUCCACCUCCACCAUUGUGGAAUCCAAUGAUUCCUGCUUUUGACCUCUUUCAAGGAAACCAUGGCUUUGUAUCUCCUGUUGUAACCACAACUACACACUGGAGACCUGUCAACUAUACGUUUCCUCCCCCAGUUAUUUCUCACACUUCUCCAACAAAGGUAUGGAGAAAUAAAGAGGGAACAAAUGCUUAUCAAGUACAAGAAACUUCAGUUUCUCAGGUUGUAAGAAAGAAGACAUCAUCUUAUAUUGGACUAGUUCUUGUUCUUCUCAGAGGGCUUCCGGGAUCAGGAAAAUCUUUUCUGGCAAGGACUUUGCAAGAGGAUAAUCCAAGUGGAGUCAUUCUUAGUACUGAUGACUAUUUCUACAUAAAUGGACAGUACCAAUUUGAUGUAAAGUACUUAGGAGAAGCACAUGAAUGGAACCAGAAUCGUGCAAAAGAAGCAUUUGAGAAGAAGGUUUCUCCUAUAAUAAUAGAUAAUACAAACCUACAGGCAUGGGAAAUGAAGCCAUAUGUUGCUUUGUCUCAGAAACAUAAAUAUAAAGUCCUUUUCCGGGAACCAGAUACAUGGUGGAAGUUUAAACCAAAGGAACUUGCAAGGCGUAAUAUUCAUGGGGUAAGCAAAGAUAAAAUAACAAGAAUGUUGGAACACUACCAACGUUUUGUUUCAGUGCCAAUAAUCAUGAGUUCUUCGGUUCCAGAGAAAAUUGAACGUAUUGAGAUGUGUGCAUAUUCAUGUGAGGACAGAAUUACUAGCCCAAAGGACAAUGAAGAUAUUUCCUUUGAAAAAGAAGAAAAUGUUUUAUCCUCAUCUUUGAAGCAUGUAGAGUUAACUGAAGAGAAGAAACUUGUAAUGACCAAAGAAACUAUGGUACCUCAGAGUACAUAUCUCCCCAGUGCAGAUUUAAGCCCAGGAAGAAAAGAAAUUGGUGGUAUGAAUCCUAACAUUCAGAGUGCUUUCAUUCAGGAAGUUCCAGACAUAUAUUUUUCUGAAUCUGAAAGCCAAGUACAAGUAACAGACAAAAGUGAAAAAGAAGAGCAAGUAGAAAUGUCUUCUGAAAAAGAAUGUAGUAAAACCAAUGUAGAUUGUGUAGAGAGAGAGUCACCAAGUAUUUUCUGUGAUGAAAAUAACCAAGCAGUCUGUGAUCUUUCAAAUACUGUACCUCUUCAAAAUGAAAAAUCUUCACCUGGUGAAAUGUUGGAAGAUAGAACAACAGUAAAGAAAAAAGCCUUUGGAAAACAAAAGAGCAAAUCACCUUUGGAAAAGUUCCCAAGACACGAGUUAACAAAUUUUGUUGGUGACUGGCCAGUUGAUAAGACUAUUGGUCAAAGGACAAAAAGGAACCGGAAAACUGAAAAAGCUUCAUCUAUACAAAGUGACAAAAAGUAUAAUCGCACUCAGUCACACAAAGUAUUAGAUAAUAGCCUAUGUGCAAGUAUAGAUCAUAUCCAGCAACGAGGAUCUCCACCUGGAAGUGUAGAGGAUGACAAGAUGACACAGGGUGAUGACACUUCAGAAUCUUUCAAUAGCUGUAAAUAUAAUACUUGCAAAAAUACUGAAAAAAAAUUAUUUGACAUCGUGGGUGACUGGCCAUCAUCUGAUUCUUUAGCUCAGAGAGAGCACAAAUCAAGAAUGCCAAAAGCAGGUUUAAAUGAACCCAAGCUAGAAUUUGGAACUAAUGACAGUAUGAAUGAAAUAUCCUUAUAUAAGGCACAUGAGGCCUGUUGGGGCACAAGCCCUGAAGAACUAAAAACAUUGGGUAGUUCCACUCUUGAAAGUUCUGAAAUGCUAUCCAAUGAAAUGGCCCAGGAGGAUAAAACUUGUCCAAGUGAAAAGAUUUAUAGGCAAUGCACACUGUCUCUUACAAAUAGUGUACCAACUAUUCCUGGAGUAGUAGGACCACAGUCUUUAGCUGAAUUUCCAGGAGAGCCUCAAGAAUUCCCUGGAAUAGAAGUAGGAAUGUGUACCCAGACUGAACCACAGGAUUUUGCUCUCUUAUGGAAAAUAGAAAAGAAUAAUAUUAAUGUUUCAGAUUCUGUGAGAGUAUUAACAGGAAGAUUAGAUGGAUUUAAACCAAAAACUUUCAAUAUUAACACAAAAUUAGAUGUUCAAGAAAUAAUUCCAUAUAGGGUAAUGUAUGAUAAAAGCACAUAUGUUGAAGAAAGUGAGCUUACCAGUGCUGAUGAAUCUGAAAAUCUUAACAUUCUUUGUAAACUGUUUGGAUCCUUUUCAUUAGAAGCCCUAAAAGACUUAUAUGAGAGGUGUAACAAAGAUAUUAUUUGGGCCACAAGCCUUUUGUUGGAUUCUGAAACUAAAUUAUGUGAAGAUACUGAAUUUGAGAAUAUCCAAAGAUCAUAUGGUGAAGCACAAAUUGGGCCAUUUUCUCUGGGACUGAAUUUGAAGGAAAUUAUUAGCCAAAGAGGUACCUUAGAGGAUUCUAAUUCUUCUCUGCCAGAAUUUAGCCAUGGAAUUGGCAUCACUAACAUUGACGUACAGUCUCCCUGUGAUUCAGAAAAGGGAAACUCAGAGCAGGAAGAAGUAAGAGCUAUAAAUACUGAAAAACCUGGAUUAAUAACAACUAUAUUUCCCAAUGCCACUGUAGAUCUAAAGAAUACUAAUGAUGUACUUCCUAAUUCUCAAACAGAACUUUCAGGUUUAUAUAACAUUAAGCAGUUUUUUCCAGGUAGUCUAAAAGCUACUAUUGCUAAGGAUGUGAAUGAAAUGGAGAAGAAUGUAGAAGUCAUGGAGAUUAGAGACAGUGUACAUUCGUCUUUGAAUUUGUCUGGUAUUUUAAAUUCUGUAUCGAGCACUUCAAAUCUUGAAUUAAAUGAAGAAAUUGAUUUUACUGACUCUUUUGAAAUAAAGAAAAAUGAAAAUCUCUCAAGGGAUUAUGUGAAAUUUCCAAACACAGAAGAAUUUAUGAAUGAGGAUGAACAAGAAAUGGAAAAAAUUCUAAUGGCAGGGAGUACUUUGUCAGCUGGAAUUAAUGAAGACAAAAGUGAGAUGUUGAAUCCUACACCAGUGAUGGCCAAAUCUCUGACGAUAGACUGUCUGGAAUUGGCUUUACCUCCUGAACUGGCUUUUCAGCUCAAUGAAUUAUUUGGCCCUGUUGGUAUUGAUUCAGGGUCUCUAACAGUUGAGGAUUGUGUGGUUCAUAUAGAUCUGAAUCUGGCUAAAGUGAUUCAUGAGAAAUGGAAAGAAUCUGUAAUGGAGCGACAAAGACAAGAAGAGGUCUCCUGUGGCAAGUUUAUGCAAGAUCCUUCCCUAGUUGGGCCUAUUGGUUUUGAUAAUCCUGAACAAAAAUCAUCUCAGAGAACAGGCAAAAAAUUACUGAAGACUUUAGCAGCACCUGAAAUGCUACCCUUAUUGGAUCAUUGGAAUAUUCAAACUAAAAAAGUAUCACUCAGAGAAAUAAUGUCAGAAGAAAUUGCCUUACAGGAAAAAAAUGAUUUGAAAAGGGAGCCACUUAUGUUUGAAAAAGAUUGUGCCACUAAACUAAAAGAGAAGCAGCUUUUUAAGAUAUUUCCGGCCAUUAACCAAAAUUUUCUGGUAGACAUUUUCAAGGACCACAACUAUUCAUUAGAACACACAGUACAAUUUCUAAACUGUGUUCUUGAAGGAGACCCUGUAAAAACAGUUGUAGCGCAAGAGUUUGUUCACCAAAAUGAGAAUGUCACUUCUCAGACUGCACAGAAGUCUAAGGAGAAAAAGGCAAAGAAAUUGAAAGAGACUGAAGAUACACCAAGUGAACCAUCUUUCCAGGAUUUUGAGUACCCAGAGUACAAUGACUAUAGGGCAGAGGCUUUUCUGCACCAACAAAAGAGGAUGGAAUGCUACAGCAAGGCAAAAGAAGCUUAUCGGAUGGGGAAAAAAAAUGUUGCCACAUUUUAUGCCCAGCAGGGUAGUCUCCAUGAGCAGAAGAUGAAAGAAGCCAAUCACCUUGCUGCUGUGGAGAUCUUUGAGAAAGUCAAUGCCUCCCUUUUGCCACAGAAUGUUUUAGAUCUUCAUGGGCUGCAUGUGGAUGAAGCUAUAGAACAUUUGAUGACAGUUUUACAGCAGAAAACUGAAGAGAAAAAUUCUGGUAGCACAUGGAAAUCUCCUUUCCCCAUAGGGGAAGAAAUCCUACUUAAAUCUUUAGAAUUUAAGCAGUGUGGUGGUAAGCCCUAUCUCUCUGUGAUUACGGGGAGAGGAAACCACAGCCAGGGGGGAGUUGCUAGAAUCAAACCAGCUGUCAUUAAAUACCUCACAAGCCAUAGCUUCAGGCUCUCUUCUGCCCAUGCAAAGCCCUCCAGACUGAAGUACCAGGACAUAUGUCAUUGUCACUGUUUGUGGCAGGCCUAUCCCUGCUGCCAGAAGCUAGACAGAAAAACAGAAGCCAAGCUCCAGAAGAUCGCCAGCCUCCUUGGCAACAUGAGUGCUGUCUUGUACCUCACCUACUGCUGCUAUGAUUUGUGUUUCUGCUACCUUUGCUCCCAGGGAUAAUGCUGGGCGUCAGUUCCCAUGCAGUAUGGCCAGAGAAGCAGUUCAAGCCUGUCUGAUGAUGUCUAGGUUUGGUUUUGGAUUAUCCCCUAAACUGGGAGUAGGUAUUAUAGGUUGAAUUUUGUCUCCCGGCCCCCUUGCUGCCAAUUCAUUUGUUGAAGUCCUAAUCCCCAACACUACCAGAUGUGAUCUUAUUCAGCUCUUUACAGAGGUGAUCAGGUUAAAAUGGGAUCAUAUGGGUGAGCCUUAAUCUAAUACACUGGUUGGUAUCCUUAUAAAAAAGGGAAAUUUAGAUAGCGAGAUAAAUGCAUAGAGGGAAAAUGAUAUGAAGAGACCACAGAAGACAGCCAUCCACAAGCCAAGGAGAAAGGCCUGGAACAGACCUUUCCCUCACAGGCCGCAGAAGGAACCAGCCCUACCACCACCCUGACCUUGAACUUAAAGCCACCCUGUCUGUGGUACUUGGUUACAGAAGCCCUAGCAAACUAAUGUAGUGGGUUUGAUUUUGUGCUUAAGUCUGUGACUGACUAUUUCACUGCAACCUUUUUGUCUUUUUGCAAAAGCAUCACCCAGUAUUCCCUAUAGGUACCUCUGAGAGUACAUCCAGAUGACACCUCCCUGAUGUAGCCUUUUUGCUUCCCCAUUCCCUCCUGCUCUCUCCCUCGCCCCCAGAAAAAAAGGAGCAUUUUCAUGUAUAUCUAGUUCUACUCUCACCAUCAGUAGAAGGAAUUCCAUUGCAAUUAGGCCAGCUCCCCUCUCUUUUCAGAGGGGCUGACUUAGGAAACCUGUCUGUUUUACCACCUCAGUAAGCUGUUCAGGUCCUGUAUGUGAGCAAAUCUGCAACCCAAAGUUGCAAAAGGCAAUUGGCUACCCUAACCCCACGAACUUUUUGGAAGGUACCCUGUGAUGACAGAGUCAAUAAUAAUAUCAUCCUUGCUAAAAUAGAUGGAUGAGGAUUCAAAUGUGAUUUCUACCAUGUUAGGUCCUGUGAGAUACAGCCCCUGCCCUGCCGGGGCUGUAUAGACUAGCAGAUAAGAUAAUAGGACACAUAAUUGCUAUUCCCUGAGGAAGUGUUUAUUGUAAGUACUGCAUUAGAGGUGUGGGGAACAGAGAAGGAAGUGUAUUUUGACUGGGAUAGCCAGGAAAGACUUCAUGGAAGACAAAACACCUGAGCAGGGUUUUGACAGAGGCAGAUAGAGGGAAAUGCGCUCUGUGCAAGGAGACAGUGUAUUCAAAGGUUCAAAGUGAUGGUCAGGAUAUUCCCAGCAACACCUCCCUUCUAAAGGGAGCCUGAAAACAAUCUGACAUGCAGUGGGAGUACACCGGCGUAAGUGAACCAGUUAGCUGUAGUCAAAUUGUUCUUGCUCUGGAGCCUGGACCAGACUCGCAUUAAAGAUUUUGAGUAUCACCCCUACUGGUAAACCAACAUUUCCUUUUCUCUAAGUUAUAACUUUCUCUUCUCCUCCCCUCCCUUUCCUUCUCUAUUUUCCUUUUCUUAUUUCUUUUCUCUCUCUGGAACUGAUUUUUAAAAAAGAGAAAGCACAGAUUUGAAGUUUUUACCUAUAAAACCUUUCUUGAUCUAUUUCUGAUUGUAAAAGCAAUAAUGCUUCUGAGAAAAACACUGGAAAUACAAAGACAGGUAUAAAGAGAAAAGAAUUUAAAAACUCUUCACUAAUCCCAUUCAAAACAAAAAUCUGUUAACAUUUUGAUGACUUUCCCAUUCAACCUUUUUGUUGUGUACAUAAACAUUUAAAUAGUUGAGAUAUUAUGUAUAUAUUUUUGUAUCCUGCACUUUGCAAUGGAAGUUAAACUACACAUCUUUCCUCAUGUUAUUAAAAGUAAUUAUAAUAGUUAUAAACAUACUCCACAAUAUGGAUGCCUGUAAUAUAAUUUAUUUUUCUGUUGUUGGACAUUCAUGCUAAUCAAAAUUUUCCUCACAGAACAUCUGUCCUCAUUUUGAAUUGUUUUCAAACUAGAUUCCUAGAUUCCUUUUCGUCUCUUGUUGUCUUCCCUCUUCUUUGAUUAGAUCACUGUAAAUCAUUCCAGGAGUGGAGAGUGUAUAAUAUUGACAAAAACUCCCAAGGUGGUGCAGAUAGGCUUACUCCACCUCUCCCCAAGCUCUGGUUAAGAACUGCAGGAUUAAAUUAAGGCCAUAAGGUCACUCUGUGGUUACUGGGAGAAAACAGAAGGAUCAGAACCGUAAUAAAUGCCCAAAUAAUUGUUACAUACUUUUUCCCACUGAGUUCAUUAAUUAUUAAAGCUCCCUGUGCUUGCAUCUAGAAUUCACAAAGUAGAUGUCACCAACAGUAGACUUUGUUUUUCUGCUUUCCAGAAUUUUCCUCCAAUUUGGGGAGGUUGGAGGCCUGGAUAGUGCUUAGCUGAAGCUCAACUUUGAAAACAGAAUUUGCACAGUAUUUUGAGCUUGGGUUGAUUAUGAAAGGAAAGUUUACUAGAUUCUUUGUGGGAUACUAGGUGAUGUACUAUCAUGCAGAGAGAAAGGAAAUAGGGAAAGAAGUAGUUCUCCAUUACGUUGUUUUUUAAUACUUCUUGCUCAACUAGAGCGGAGACCUAGUGUGAGGAUGUCUGGCUUUUUAAUAUCAGACAUAUUAUAUCAUUAUCUGCAUCAGAUUUCUCAUUUGAACAGCAUAGGACUUUGACUCUCCUUAAGGUUGUUCUCAAUAUUAACAGUCUACCAUUUUCUCUGCAGUUAUCUGGCACACAGGCCUUUUUUUGAGAGAACAACUCUAAGUUUAUACAUCAUUUGUAGCCUUGCUGUCUGCUCUGGUCACCUGUCCUUGGAAAUUUAAAAAAAAAAGCCACAACUAAAUGCUUUUAUUAUGAAAUGAGAGUAGCUGAAAAGAAAAAGACUGAAUAUUUAACUUGAGCAACCAGAAAACAACAAAAUAAAUCAAAGAAAGUAACGGAGAUUGUUUGCUCAGAAAUGAGGACAAUCUAAAAGCCAUCUUUACCAUUCUGUUUCCUGUCAGUGUCAAUGCAAAUGAGAUAGGUAAGAAUCAGAAAUAGAUAAAAUAAAUUAGAAAGUAAAAUAUAACAAGAGUUGAUACAUAAAGCCAAAAGCUGUUCCUCAAGAUAUAUAAAUGUUAGAGAGAAAACUCUUGUAAGACUCACCAAGAAAAAGAAAAAAAAUUAUUUUUUAGGCCAAAAAAGGUACUCAUAGAUAUGGAAGAGAAAAAAGAAUCAUAAGAAGAACUGGCUAUACUGGGGCAGCAUGUGCCUUUCUGGUAGAUUUCAGUGAUGAUAAACAAAACAUGGGCACACAUGUUAGCCCUGUAAAAACAAUGAACAAUCUUGGUCUCUCAGGUUCAAUGUCUAACAAGGACAUCCAUCAGGCUGUCUGAAUAGCAAUGUAAAGUUGCCCAGGACUAUGCCUUAGAGUUGCUAACUGUCGGCUAACUAUAUACAAGACAAGCUUCUUUUGAAUGUGAAAGGCACAUUUGUCUCAGCUGGGAUAAGACAGGUUUGCGCAGCUGCUGUUUGUGCUUAGCUUAGCUUCAGCUAAGCACUACCCAGGCCUCCAACCUCCCCAUAUUGGAGGUGUCAGGGCAAGACCCACAGCUGAAACAUAUAGUUGCUACCAUAUGUUUUUCUAUUUGCUUAUAGCUUGUUGAGUGUUUGCAGCUGGUAUUUCUAUUUGAUUUGCAUGGCACCCUGCCCCUCUCAUUCCUUCUGCCUUCAGUUACAGUUUCAUUUUUACUGGUAUAGGCAGGUGGCAGGAAGAUUAAGAUCAUUUGUAAGGAUAGGAUGUAUUUCUGGAGUGUUUAUUUAUGGGUCAUAUUAGGUAUUAAAAUAUUUUGGGAAACUACUGUCAUUAAGACACAGCAAAAUAAUAGUAGCUAAUAUUCACUGAAAUUUUCUGGGUUGCAAGGCAUGUUCUAAGCAUCUUGUAUGUACUAACUCUUUAAUCCUCAUAACAGUCCUAUGAAGUUUAGAUGCUAUUAAUAUCCCCAGUUAAAGCUGAGUCAACCAAGGCACAAAGAAACUUUCCUGAAGUUACACAGCAUAGUUAAGACUUGAACUCAGGCAGGUUGGUGGGAGAAGUUGUACUUUUAACUGUUACAUUAUUGCCAUGUAAUUUUGAAAAAAAUGAUCAUAAAAUAUAGGAAAAUAUCGUUUACAUUUUAGAGUGGUAAAGUCUUUCUAAACAAUGUCUAAAAUUAAAAUCUUGGGCAUGGCCAAAGACACUAUGAAGAAAAUUAAAAGAUGAACGACAGACCGAGAGAUAUUUUUUGUGAAAUAUACAUAGAUUAUUGAUAUCUUUAAUUUAUAAACAAUUUUUCUAAGUUAAUAUGAAAAUAAUAAAGAAUGCAAUAGAAAAAAUAGACACAGGAUAUAAACAUGCAUUUCAGAGAAAUACAAAUAGAGCAAAUAUGGUGAAAAGAUGUUCAAGCUCACUAAUAAUUAGUGUGAUACCACUUUUCAGCUAACAAAAAGAAAAAGAUUUGUAGUAUUUAGUGGUGAGAGUACAGGCAAAUAGAUGCUCUCAUACAUCAUUGGUGGGCUUCUCUGGAAUGUAAUUCAGUAAUAGCUAUUGCAAUAAAAAAUACAUCUACUCCAAAAUUGUGCAGUCUCUUGACCUGUCAUUUAUCCACAGGAGUACUUAAUUGGUCAUGCACAAUUGCAUUCAAGUGUUACAUUGUUUGGACAAGUAUAGCACUUUCUGCAAUAGAAAAAAAAUGAAUUUACAUCAAUAUAGACUAGUUAAAUUGAUCAGAGUACUUCCAUCUAAUGGAAUACUAUGCUGUUAUUAAAAGGUGAAGUUAACCUAUUUGGAAAGAUGUCCAUGGCAUAUUGAUUGAUUAAACCAAAACAAAAGUAAACUGCAAAGAAAUAUGUCUAGCAUGACACAUUCUGUAAACAAAAAAAGAGGUGCAAAUAUAUAUGUAUCUGUCAUUAAACAUGCUAAUAUAUGUACCACAUUGGCUCUAAAAAUUCCAUAUUGAGUGGGAAAUUCAGCAUUUCUACCCAUUUUUAUGGAGAUUUGGGGAAGCUUAUGUUUAUUAUAAGCUCUGAUUUCCAGUGUCUAGCCUUUUGACAUUUUACUUCUACAGUUGUUUUACUCUGCUUUGACCCCUUUUUGUUGAUUUUCCAAAACAUCUGCUCACGCCAGGGUGUUGUGUAUAUUAAACAUAUUUAAAAUUCGGUGGUUACAUUAGAGAAUUACAUUGUAACCAAGUACUGUAGGUGACUUAAUAUUUAAUUGUAGUCAUCUUUCAUCUUAAAACUUCUUUGGCCAAAUCUUUCCCCCAUCCUCUCUCCCAAAUAGUCAUUGGUGGCCCUGGAUUAUCAUUGCUAACCUCCUCUCUCUUCUUCAGCCUGUUUUCCUGUGCAUGCCAGCCCCAAAUUCCCAACUUUCUGUUCAUUUCUUCUAGAUAGCAAUUCAGUCAUACUGUUGUCAUGCCUCUUCUGAAAGCGUUUUUCUACUAGCCUCUGUCACAAAUUAAUAUAUUAGUUAGGAUUAGGUUAGAUUGUAUGUGACAGAAAACCCCAAAACAACAGUGGAAUGUGCAAGAUAGGGGUCUAUUUCUCUCUUCCACAUAGAUGAAACCCUGUGGUAGGUGCUCCAGGGCUUGUGAGGCAACAACACAAUCUUCAGGGACUCAGCCUUCUUCUAACUUGUUCUUCCAAGCUCAACUCUUGGCUUUCAUUUCAUGGUCCAGAUUGGUUGCUCCAACUUAAGCAUCUCAGAAGAAAUGGACAAAGAGAGCACUUCUUCCUCUAUUCUUCGAUGUUGCCCACACCUCAGCAGCCAGAACAAAGCCUCAUGUCUACAUCCAACUGAAAGGGAGGCUGAGACAUGUAACCCUUAACCUGGGCUUAAAAUUUCAACUUAAGUUGAAAAUUAUUUUCUAUUACUGAGGAAAGAGGUUUUGGAGAAUAACCAGCAGUCUCAGCCACAACCACCAAUGUUUACCUUGCACGUAAAGAAAGGCUUUUCAGGCUGAGGCAAGAAUAUGCAUGAAGGCAUGAAAGAGUAUUCACUGUGGCUGGAACAGGGUGUGUGGUGGGAGAUGGGGCUACAAAGGUGGGCAGGGGCCAUAUUAGGAAGGGCUUUGAAAGUCCAGCUGGGAAAUUUGAGUUUGACAAUAGGGAGCCAAAUAUUUUCUUACAUUUGAUAUGAAUUCUUUCAGGGAUUUAUAUUGCUUGUCUAUAGGAGUUACUUUAUUUUAUAUUUUUAAUAUAAAAAUUGUAUCCGAUGAGGCCCAAUAAUCAGAAAAUAGAGGAAUGGAUAAAACAAUCUAUUGGCAAUCCUAUACCCCAAUGUAACAGAGUGAAAAAGUUGGCAUCUCUGCCUUCAUAUUGUAUCUGUCUCCUUUGCUGCCUAAAUCUUUUGGUCAAAAAGCUUCUGCUCAGCCCAAAGCCCUGCACAUAUGCUUGCUAAUCAUCAAAAGGAAUUCUGCUCAUGACUUAAGAUCGAUACAACCUUCCCAUUACCUGAAAGUUAACUUCCCUGAGAAGAUAAAGUAUGUACAAAAGUGACAGGCCUUACAGGAACAUCACCGCCAGACCCAUGUCAUCAACAUGACUGGAGUCAGCCAGCCGAGGACAAGGAGUUUCACAGCCCUCCUCAGACCGUUUCUGAUGUCCGAUGUCUGAGAUCUAUCAUCACCUCCUGCUCUCCCCUUCCCUAAUAUAAAAAAAGUUUAAAAUCAACACUAAGUUAAGAUGGUGCUUUAGGACAUUAGUGCACCAUCUUAUUGGUCUGUUGGCUUUCUGAAUAAAGAUGCUUUCCUUGCCCAACAAUUUGUCUCCUGACUAAUUGGCAUGUUGUGUGGUGAAAGGCACCAGCUUGGACUCCGUAACACCAAGAAAAUUUUUGUUAGUGGUUUGGUUAGUUUCCUCACAGACUUUGAAAACAUUAUUGUAAUUAUAAUACAUGUAUAAUCCCAACUCCUGUUUUCCUUUUUCCCCCAUAUAAUCUUUUAUCAUGAGCAUCUCCUUAUGUGGCCCCAUGGUCUUCCUAAAUACUACUUUUAAAUAACUGGAAAUUUCCCAAUAAAAUAACCUACCAAAUCAUUUCUUUUUAUUUUUCAGCUUUAUUGAGAUAUAUUUGAUAUAUAAUACUGUAUGCACCUAACUAUUUCUAUAUGACAUUCUACACUGUUGGCCAUGUAGGUUGGGUAUCAGUUAACUUUUUUACAUUCUGUAAAAUGUUGAUAGCUUCAACUUCAAAUUUUUUUUGUUACUCCAUCAUUAGAAGAUGCUCGGUUGCAAGUAUUAGAAUAAUGAACUGUGGCUUAGAUAGUACAUUUAAUUAUAUCACAUAAUAAAAAUUAAGAGGUGGUGAAUGGAUCAACAAUGUUCUGGCUCCAUGUCUCUGCAGUUUCUUUGGCUUUCCCACUUGUCCUGAGAUAGCUGAUGGAGAUCUCAGAGCAUCACAGUCUGGUAUGACAACACCCAAAGCAUGAAAGGAAGACAGAUGCUUUCUGACUUGUCUCCUUGAUCUAAUGGGUGAGGAACACCUUUCCCAGGAGCACCCAAGAAGACUUCUGAAUAUUUCACUGAGUAAAAUGGAUCACAUGGUACCCAUAGCUGCAAAGGAAGCUGGGAAACCAGGAACCAGAAGAUUCUCUUCCAUUGUCUUAGACCAGACAUCAUGAUUCUUUUCUUGAUUUGGCAUACUUUGCCCAUCCCCAAACAGAGGUUCUUUUAGCAAGGAAGGAGAAAUGGCUAUGGGGCAGAUAGUCAUCCAAGGGAACAGUUAAAGAUUGGAAUUUAUUGUGGAGACGAAACUAUAGAAAUGGUUUCUCAGGUUAAGUUCUCAAAACCUGCUCUAUGUUGCUACAGGGGUGAGAAUCGAGAACCAAGCCCUCAAAAUUCAGCAUUGUGAUUUCACAUUACUUUUUUUGUAAUUACGUUGAAACCACAUCUGCCUUUUAUUAAAAAAUAAAAAAUUCCCAGCAGCAAACCAAAAACUGAAGUGAAACCAAAUACAUUAGAGAAUUACUGAAGAGAAUGAACUGUAUGUUUAUAGCACUUUA